UACAUACACCUUUCAAAUUAUUUGAGUAUUUGCACUACCUUCCUUGUGUACAUAUUCUAAUUUGUUAAUUUCGAUAGUCCCGCUAGGAUGCAGAACUCCGGACGCGGUGCGGACCACUUUAACUUCAUCACGCGGACGGACCGUAAAAGUCUACACACGCAGAUCGGCCUCUUGGUGACCAAGGCGAAGCAGGUGGCCGCCGCGGAGCUCCAGGAACGCAGCCAGAGGCUGAAAAAAAUGCUGGAUGAGGAGGACGAGCGCUACGAGGAGGAGUUCUCAAACACGGUGAAGACCCGGAUCGACCAAGACAUUAAAGAGCGGAAGGAGCACCUGCACGCCAUCAAGGAGCAAGUGGCCAAGCAGCAGAAGAAGUUCCUCGAGGAGAAGCACAUCCAGCAGGUCAUGCUCGACUGCUACGAAAUUCGGGAGGCUCUGCGGCAACAGGAUCUCGUGGAGACAAAGAUUGUACAGGGGGAGCAAAUUCUGGAGAACCAGCGGAAGAAGCGGCGUGAGUGCCAGCAGGAUCAAUAUUGGCUGGAGCUAAAUCGCCGCAGAUGGGCCCAGUUCGACUGUAACCAGGCGGAGGAGAAUCUGAGACGGCAUCAGAUGCAGGAGCAGGUGAACCAUGUCUUGGCUAUCCAGGUAGCUGAGCGCGAGGAAAAACGAAAGGAGCUGGAGGCAGAGAGGGACGAGGAGGAGCGGGUCCUGAACGCCCUGCUGGAGGAGAUCCGUCUGGAGGAGUUUGAAAAGGAACACCAACCCGCUCCAGUGAAUCAGCUGGCCUACCAGGCCGAGCUGCUCAAGGAGAUCGAGCGGAAGAGAUGCGCCCGGUUGGCGGAGUGGGAGGCGGACAAGGCCGACCACCUGGACUUCUGCCGGGAAACCGAACGUCUGGAAGUGGAAGCUCGUGCUAGGAUUGCUCAGUCAAAGAAGGAUCUCAACCGAGCUACUUUGGAAUACCUGGCCUACCUCCGUCGCAUGCAAUCGCUUGAACUGGGAAUCGAGAAGAUGAUGGAAGAGCGCACCGCUGAUCUCUACCAGCUGGACAUGUGCACCAAGCUCAACAUCACCGAAAGGGUUCGGGUGAAACGGGAGGCUGCGGAGAAAUGCUACGAGAGUCUCCGGAAGCAGGUCUGCGAGGAUUACGAACGCAGAAUCCGCUCUGAUGCUGAACUUCGGGAGAACAAAAUGAUGGAGAACCGAUUUGUUCAUCCGGAGGUCACUCAUCAAAUGAUUGUGUGCCGUCAGAUCCGAUAUAAGGCGGAUUUGGAUGCACAAAUCACAGAGAUGAAGCGUAUCCAGGCGGAGGAAGCGAAACGGUUCGACAGUCGGCUGAUGUCCGCUGUUGAUAAUCCAAUUGCUUGCAAGAGAUUAGCUAAGGAGAUUCUGGAAAGUGGUGUUGAUUACCUGGCUCCACAUCCCAACUGGCGGGUUAUGGCCUGUGAUCCCAAUAGGUACAUACUUAGGCCUCCGACCACGGAGCAAGAAUUCAAUGCCAGAGUUGCCGGUGCCUGCGUGGACAAGUGUCCUUGUCCCAGAGAAGCGCGAAAGCACUGCAGCUUCAUGGCUGAAUUAAAUAGACCAGAUGUGCCUCCUGAGGGGGCCAGGACCCAUGUGGAGCAGGCUGCGAUCGAGCUGGCCGAUAAACCCCAAAAAUCUGAUUUCCGAAAGUGCCGAUGCACAUUCUAUUAGAGCUUUUACGAUGAAGUAUUUGAAAAACUAUUUAAAAUUUUGUUGAAAGUUAAAAUCUUGAGGCUAUUAAAAGCAAAUAGUUUAGCCACUCCUAUCUCGUUUAAGUAAAAGCAACGAUUAUUUCUAGA